GCUGCACUUGGUUCUUAACCUCCCAGACUGUCUAUCAGGGCUCCUGUGAAAGUGUGUGUGUGUAUGUGUGUGUGUGUGUGUGUGUGUGUGUGUGUGUGUGUAUGUGUGCGUGAGUGAGUGUGGUUGUGGGUGUGGGUGUAUUUUUUAGAGUAUUUAUGUGAGUGUGUGUAAAGAUAUUUGAAGUGCGGGUGUAGAAAGAGUUCCCGAGUGGAAGCAAGAGGCAUUUUUUUUUUCUGAUAUCGAAACAGUUUAUUAAAGUAAUGUUCUGCUGCUGCUGAUGAAUAAGAUGAUUGGCGUCUUUCAUCCUCUGCGUGCUCAGGUGAGCCCUAGGCUCCACACUGAGUGCUAACCAUGCUGCGGCAGUCUGAGCCAACAUCCAGCACCUUGCAGCUAGUUGCCAGUGAUAUGACAAGCAUCAUGGAGAAGCUGGACCCCAGGGAGCUCCAGUUUGAUGAUGGUGACUAUGACACAACAGACGGCAGUGUCUCAGCAGACCGUUUGCCUUUUACCGCAAUAUACAACACAGUUGGUUUCAAGGAGGCAGAGGCCAAAGUCUACUUGUCCUCACCGAUCACCGCCAAAAUCCUGGAGGUGGAGCGUUUCACCUCAGCUCAGGACCGCUUCAACGUCACCACACAGAGGAGUGUCAACAAGGCAAUGCCAGCUGUGUAUAAUAUCGAGUUGAAACACGGGGAGUUUACGUGGCUGGUGAAGAGGAAGGAGAAACACUUCAUGGAGCUCCACAGAGAGCUGAGGACAUACAAGACCUUCAUGAGGCUGCAUCUGCCAACACGCAGUCACACAUUAAAGAGGCAGGCCACAACCCGGAGUGGUGUAAGGGAGAUUCCAAACCUCCCCAGAGGAGGAGGAGAUGAGUUGGGUAGAGAUGAUCAAGUUUCCAGCCGUAGAAAACAACUGGAAGAUUACUUGAAUAAGCUGUUAAAGAUGCCGGCAUACAGAAGCUACCAUGCUACGAUGGAAUUCAUUGAUGUUAGUCAGAUGUCCUUCAUCCAAGACUUGGGACCAAAAGGCCUAGAAGGAAUGGUGCAAAAGAGAUCUGGUGGCCACCGGAUACCUGGGUUGAACUGCUGUGGUCGCAGCAAAAUGUGCUACCGUUGGUCUAAACGCUGGCUGGUGGUGAAGGACUCGUUCCUGUUGUACAUGAAGCCAGACUCUGGUGCCAUCUCCUUUGUGAUGCUGUUCGAUAAAGAGUUCAGCAUCAAGAUGGACUCCAAAGACACAGAAACCAAACAUGGCAUCCGUGUCGAUAGUCUCUCCAGGUCUCUGGUGCUAAAGUGCAACAGCUACAGACAAGCCCGCUGGUGGGGUCAGGCCAUAGAAGGCUUCGUUCAGAAGCAUGGCUCAGCCUUCCUCACUGAUCAUCGUUUCGGAUCCUUUGCCAGACAGGAGGAGAACAUUCCCGCCAAAUGGUAUGUGAACGGGAAAACGUACAUGGAGGAUGUGGCCGAUGCUCUGGAAGAGGCCAAAGAGGAAAUCUUCAUCACAGACUGGUGGUUGAGUCCAGAGAUCUUCCUGAAGAGACCAGUGGUGGAAGGAAACAGAUGGCGUCUCGACUGCAUACUGAAACGUAAAGCGCUCCAAGGAGUGCGGGUCUUUGUGAUGCUGUACAAGGAGGUGGAGCUAGCUCUAGGUAUCAAUUCUGGAUACAGCAAGAGAACGCUGCUGCACCUUCACCCCAACAUCAAGGUGAUGCGUCAUCCAGACCACGUCUCCUCCUCCGUUUACUUGUGGGCGCAUCACGAGAAGAUCAUUGUCAUUGACCAAUCAGUGGCCUUUGUGGGUGGGAUCGAUCUGGCGUACGGACGCUGGGACGACAUGGAACACCGGCUGACAGACAUUGGGAGCGUGACGCUCUCUCACUUGGAGCAGACUCAAGCGGCACAUUCCAGCAUGGCUGCACCGUCCAAUGGCAGCAGCACAGUUCCACAGAGCAACAAAAAGGGUGUGUUCACAGUGAUGGACUCAGUGGAUCAGCCCAAGCUGAAGGGCCAGGGGAAGAUGAAGAGGACAAGGUUCAGCAUCAAGAAGCACCUGCAGAAAACCUUUCUGGCUCGUGGUGACAGCGACAGCGACCUGGAAAACGAAGAAAGAGGCGGUUUAGAGAGUAGUCUACGUACAGGGGUUGGAGAGUUGUUUGGAAACACACGGUUCUGGCACGGGAAAGAUUACUGCAACUUUGUGCACAAAGACUGGAUUCAACUGGACAAACCUUUCGAUGAUUUCAUUGACAGACACACAACUCCCAGAAUGCCUUGGCACGACAUCGCAUCUGUGGUUCAUGGGAAAGCAGCUAGGGAUGUGGCCAGACACUUCAUCCAGCGGUGGAAUUUCACCAAGAUUGUGAAGCCAAAGUACCGCUCUCUGUCGUAUCCAUAUCUACUUCCCAAGUCUCACACCACUGCUGGAGAGCAGCGAUACCAAGUACCUAACUGUAUCCUCACCAAAGUACAGAUCCUGCGUUCAGCCUCAGACUGGUCCGCUGGAAUCAAAUACCAUGAGGAGUCCAUCCACAACGCCUAUGUCGAUGCCAUCAAGAACAGUCAGCACUUCAUCUACAUAGAGAAUCAGUUCUUCAUCAGCUGUGCAGACAAUAGACAUGUCUACAACAAGAUCGGAGACGCUAUCGCAGAGCGCAUCAUCCGCGCAUACAAGGAGGGCAAAAAGUACCGUGUUUAUGUGGUGACACCUCUGCUGCCAGGCUUUGAAGGAGACAUCAACACCGGAGGGGGCAGCGCCAUCCAGGCUGUCAUGCACUUCAACUACAGGACCAUGAACCGAGGAGAAUACUCCAUCAUUUCCCAGAUCAAGAGAGAGAUCUGUUUUUUGUUUGCAGUGGGUGAUCAGUGGAUGAACUACAUCUCCAUUGCUGGUCUGAGGACUCACGCUGAGCUGGAGGGGAAGCUGGUCACGGAGCUCAUCUAUGUUCACAGCAAAAUGCUCAUUGUAGACGACAACACCGUGAUCAUUGGUUCAGCCAACAUCAAUGACCGGAGCAUGCUGGGAAAGAGGGACAGUGAGGUGGCAGUGAUCGUGGAGGACUCAGAGACGGUGACCUCGGUAAUGGACAGACAGGAGUAUGAGGCUGGAAAAUUCGCCCUGCAGCUCCGUCUCGAGUGCUUCAGGAUGAUUCUUGGUGCUAACACAGAUCCCUCUAUUGAGGUUUCCGAUCCCAUCAGUGAUCACUUCUACAAGGAGGUCUGGAUGGCCACUGCCGCCCGCAAUGCCACUAUCUACCAGAGGGUUUUCCGUUGUCUACCAUCCAGCGACGUACGUAAUAUCACAGAGCUGGAGGGCUACCUGGCCAAGCCGGGACUGGACAAAGAGGACCCGGCUCGGGCUCAUGAAGAGCUGAAGAAGAUCCGCGGCUUUCUGGUUCAGUUUCCUCUUCAGUUCCUCUGCGAGCAGAACUUGCUGCCCCCCAUUGGCUCCAAGGAGGCCAUGGUGCCCAUGGAGGUUUGGACCUGAAGCAGAGAGGGACUCAUCCGUGUGCUCAUUUCAGGUGGAUCACACACCCUGACACCGUUUUGUAGGUGGCAGAAAGAACAAACUCAACCUUAAACAGACAAGCUAAUGCUGGAGUGUUUCCAUAUUUCUAAAGAUCAUAUAAUACUAGGUUCAUAUUUUUUUUCAUAACUUUAUUAGUGGUUGCAUGUUAACAAGACAGUUUGAGUUAUUCUGCCCUGAAUUUAGACUCCCAGGGGAUGUUUCCUCCCAAGCUUCAAUCAGAUAAUGCAUGGGGUUGGCUUUCUAAUUCUGAAUAAAGAUUCGUAACUCAAGUGAUUCUGUCCACACUGACCCCAAAUCUGAAAAAAUCUACCACCUCCUGCAGGUUUGCGUCGCAGUGAAAUGCAGGAAUUAGGGUCUCGGUUAUUUAGAGAUAUAGUGAGUUAAGUUCAGAACAUAAGGAUAGUUAAGCAUUCAAAAGAAAAAGAAAACAAGAGUCAUGUGUUAUAGAUGUGUCACACUGAAUUAUAGUUUUCUAAAAGGAAAUUGUAUCUGCUCUGUGAAACAGGCAAGUGACAGGCAUCUAUCCUGAUUUGAAGUCACUUCUAGCCAGUGUGGAUUUUUUUGCCUUAGCCUUAGAUUUUGAGGAAUGUGUGCCUGUAAGGUUCAAGUCAGGGCUUAAAGAUUCACAUUAAAUUACUACUGUUCUGACAACAUUUACUCAAUCCUUCAAAGAGACUAAAUCUGCAUGAAAACAAAAAAAUCAACAAAAAUAUACUUUAUCUGUUUUGAUUUAGAAAGAGUGGAACAACACUGAAAAUCUUCAACACAAUCUCUUUGUCUGGAUGGUUGAAGAGGCUUUAAUGACUCUGAAAAUUUAGUCAGAACUAUAGCAAAAUUUUAUCAAUGAAUGAAACUGCUGAUUAUUUGCAAAGUUAAACCAUUUCUGUUUUGUCCAGUAGACCUGGAUAUUGAGCCCCAGGACACAACCUCAAAUGUCUUAUUUUGUCAAACCAAUGCUCAGAAACUUGUGCAUUUAAAUCUACAAAGAGAAACGGGAGAACAUGAAGACUCAGCAUAUUCCCAGGGCUGACAUUUACAAAUUCUUUGAACACAUGUGUGCGUACAAAAAAAACAGGAGACCAGCAGAAGGAAUGUUGAACUCUACAGUGCCUGAAAAUCUGGGCCUCAUGUUUACAAGAAGAAGAAACGAAAAUGAAGGGACCCAUUUAUGGCCUGACAAUCUUCCUCUUCUUCCUCCUCACCAACACAAACAUAUUACUCUACAAUCUUCUUUCUUAAAUAGCUUGCUUCUCUAACAACACUAUGCAACAUCAAGGCAGGUGAACGUAGUUCUGACUCGUCUGUUGCACUGAGUUUGAAAAGACACUAAAUAAAUGUAUGAGGACAGUGCAGCAAAGAGGAUGAUGAACUAGAUUGAGCUGUCAGGACUUCUCUGGCCAUAUUGUCUCUUUUUAAAAAUACAAACUUGUGUCUCCUUUCUCUGCAGUUAAGAUUUUUGUCAUACAAGAAACCACAAGUGCCAAAGAUGACUGUAGCCUUGUGUGUUCAUUUCCAUUCCCCAUACAGUGUUUUCUACAUUAAGCCUGAAGUGACCUGGUUUUAUACUCUGAUAUGGCCUUUGAAGUUCCUUGCGGAGCUUAAUUUUGCAAGUAUAGAAUUUCCUUAUAAAUUUCUAGAAAGAACCACUUCAAUGCAGUCCUAAUUAUUGACCAUCCUUCCCAGGGAACUAUUAGGACAUUUUGGAGUCUAUUAAACCUUCAUUUUGUUUGGGAUCCAGAGAUUCAUGAUGACAUCCAUGAUAUGUUUGUUACAAUGCUGGGUUUCAUUCAGAGUCAAAAGGUGGAAAUUCUGGUAGCUAACUUUAUAAUAACAGCUGAUACUGGUAUGUAAUGUGAACAUUAGUUGUGUUUUGUGCAUUUAAAGAUGAAUUAAGGGAUUGCCUUUAGGGGGCAGCAGAGCAAGCUGAAAUUUCAACUUCUAACAUAUUUUCCCUUAAAACGUUGUUACAGUGAAUAUGAUAGCAAAUGCUCUACACAAGUGGCAGACACAUAAAUUUGAGGUUCCCUUGUCACCAGCCCCAACCAGGCAUGGACUCAUAAGGUUAUGUGUACAGAGAUGUUACUGAGUUGCUUGCAUAAGUUUGAAGUGGUAUCUCCUUUAUUGUAGGUGCUUAUGUCAAAAUUCAUAUUCUGGGUUUUGGUCCCUGAUCAUUAACUUGGUCACAAAAUAUCUCCAUAUGUGACUCUUGGUCUGUUUUAACGCACUUAACAUGUAGUUGCACAUGCUUAACUAUUGGAUAUGUUGUAAAUUGGCAUUGAUGUGUUGUUAUUGUCCAGUUUCUCCAGUGUCUAUGACUCCUGCAACUAUAGAGAAACACAUAAAAUUAUUUUUUCUAAAUUUUGGCAUCCACUUGUGACUGACUCAGACACACUUUUUAGCUCAAUGUCUGGUCUCCACCAAGUCCUGAGAAAAAUGUAUCUAUCUACUUAUAUUCCAGCUACUUGCUAGCUGGUUUACUACGGCAUUUUAAAUAUUAUCAAUAUAGGUUGUUUUUUAUUUGCGUUGAGCAAAACCAUCAUUUUUGAGCUGAAAGAUGCCUUAGUAAAUCAUGUCAAAAUCACACAAAUUUUCUCUGUAUUUUAGCAUGUUACCUUGAAAAGUUUUCUUCAGGUAAAAUAUGUUCUGAGCCAUUUUAGAGAUUUAUGAGACAUACAUAACCAGGACUUUACUUUAAUGUUGCUUUGUGUCUAGUGAAAAUAAGCAGUGCUUAAUGUAAUGACGUUUUGUGUUUGAAGGUUGUUUCUGACGCCCUCUUCAACUUUGUAUUCCAGUUAUAUUAGAAAAAAAUAACAACCAGUAACAAUUGUGUACAGUUUUAAAUAUCAAUUCAAAUUUGUGUGUGAAUUUCUGAUUUUCUGACAGUACUCAAACACAACAUUGAUAUUCAUCUAGUCUUCCUGGUUGGUCUGUGUGUUAUCUGCAUGCCCCGAUUUUAUGCUGUUUAUGGAGCUGACAGCAUGAGAGCAGUUUGUCACUGCUACACGUUACCGAUAAUAGCAGGAUUUCUGCAAAUCAAAUGGUUACAUUUUAAAGUCAUUAGCGAUGCUUAACAGUGUGCCUGCUCCCAAGGUGUUUGCCUGAUUAAACUUUACUGUUAAUGUUUAUGGAAAAUGGGACCUUAAAUGCAUUCCUUCUCUCUACCUCCUGGUGUUUCUAUCUACUGCUUCAGUGCUUUUCAGCUUAGUCUUUAUAUUACAGACUUAUCAAUGCUCAGCAUCACAAACUUGCAGUAACUGUUUGGUUUUCAGUGCAAUAUAAGCCUGUUUACAUGUUAAUCAAAAGGUAUAAAAACUCAAACCAGAAAAUGUGGAUGUAUUUCCAUUGUGUCCUCAUUUUCCUCAAACCUGGGCUGCAGAGGAUGAGAAACGCCAAUCUGUCAUGUCUUUCUCCCGUCCAGCUUUAAUUGUUGCAUCUCUAUGAAAAUGCACUAUUUGCACAGACUGUUGUUUUCCUGUGGUGACCCCAUAAAAUGAUCUGUAGUACCACAUCAUGUGUUGCUUAUCUGAUGGAAUGAAUAAAGGGGUGUUAAGUCAUUAAA